AUGAAUGUGGGCAAGGAGUUCUUUGAGCUGCCUUCUGAAGACAAAGCAAGCUUGUAUUCUGAAGAUGCUGGGCAAAGUUGCAGAUUGUACAGCAGCAUUGACUAUGUGAGGGAGCAGGUACAUUACUGGAGAGACACUUUGAGACACCCUUGUCAUCCUCUAGAGGAACACAUUGAUUUCUGCCCUCAAAAACCGGCUAGUUAUCAAGAGGUGUUUGGAAGUUACUCUGUGGAGGUGAGGAAGUUGAGUUUGUGUCUUCUGGAUCUUAUCUGUGAAGGGUUAGGGCUCAAAUCUAGAUUUUUUUAGGGUAAACUCAGCCAAGUUCAGUCGAUGGCUACAAAUUUUUACCCACCAUGUCCAGACCCAAGCUUAACCUUGGGAUUGCCUAAACACAGUGAUGUGAACCUCAUAACUCUUCUUCUCCAAGAACAAGUUCAUGGGCUUCAAGUCUUGAAAGAUGAGCAAUGGCUUGCUGUUGAGCCUGUCCCCAAUGCAUUUGUGGUUAAUAUAGGUCACAUGUUACAGAUUAUCAGCAAUGGGAAACUGAGCAGUGCAGACCACAGAGUUGUGACAAACAACAAGGUUUCAAGGACCACAGUCACCAGCUUCAUACAUCCUUCUAGCCCCUGCCAUAUUGAGCCUGCAAAAGCCCUAGUUAUGGACUUCAAUCCACUCUACAAAGCUUUUAUAUACAAAGAUUUUGUUAGUACCUAUAUAACAGAUACUCAAGAGAGAGUAUCGCCACUUGAGCGAUACAAGUUCCAAAUUUAA